UUUGAAUUAGUUUUAUCCUUCGUCUGUUUUAGAUCACCUUAAAACAUGCAUAACUAACUACUUUUUUUCUUCUCAGUACAUUUCUCUUUCAAAAAUACUUUUUUUUUGUCAAUUUUUUUCUAAAUUUUUUAGAAGUAAUUAAGAAAAAUGGCUGGUGGUGUAUUUGAUGAUAAAAGUAAUGGAGCAAGAGCACAUCUUUAUGAGUACAAAAUUACUAGCUAUUUUAUUAUUUCAUGUAUUGUUGCUGCCAUUGGAGGUUCUCUUUUUGGUUAUGAUCUUGGUGUCUCUGGUGGUGUGACUUCAAUGGAUGAUUUCUUGAAGAUUUUUUUCCCAAAAGUGUACAGAAGGAAACAAGAACAUCUAAAAGAAACAGAUUAUUGCAAAUAUGACAAUCAAAUACUAACAUUGUUCACAUCAUCUUUGUAUUUUGCUGCACUAAUUUCAACAUUUGGUGCAUCAUAUGUUACUAGGAAUAAAGGUAGAAAAGCCAGUAUUCUAUGUGGUGCUGUUAGUUUCUUUUUGGGAGCUGUCCUAAAUGCAGCUGCCAAAAACAUUGCAAUGCUCAUUAUCGGUCGAUGUUUUCUUGGCAUUGGCAUUGGGUUUAGCAACCAGGUAAGUCGAAAUUUAGUAAUAUUUUCGUUAAGGGUAUUCAAGAUUUCGUAUAUUAUGUAUAAAAAAAAAUAUUUUCAGUGGUGAAGGAUGUUAAACUGGCCAUCCUUCGGCUAAUGUAGCUCCGUCCGUGCUCAAACUUGGACGUGUCAAAGCAUGUCGAAUUAGUAUAUGAAUCAUGACUCAACCUGUCAAAAGUUUCCUUGAAUCAAGUAGGUAAAAUAAAGUUAAAAUUCAUAUAUAGUAGAUUUUUAGCAAAUGUAAUUGAAAAAUAACAUAUCUUCAUGGAAUUUCGAGUUUCAUAUGUGAAAGUCUAGGAAACUAUUAUGGCCUGGAUUUUUCGCUUGUUUAAGUUCAAAAUCCAUGACAGUCAUAGUGUUUCUGUGUCAAAAUCGUGAUAAGUUCAAAAUUCAUGACACUGUUAUAGUGUUUCUGUGUCAAAAUCAUGAUAGCGUCCUGGAAUUUUCACUUGUUUAAG